AACAAAACAGAAGUCAAACUUUCAGCAACAGAAGGAAAAACAGGUUUGUCAUAAACGUACGUUUGAAGCAAUCGAAGAGAAAUGUCGUCAAAUGACAAGAUGAGUCUUGAAGCCAUCUACCGUCACAAUGAAGGUGUCUUGUCAAGGUGUAAUAAUGGGGACCUGCUACAGUUUCCCAGGGGUCGAUUCGCCCACUGGGCCGUGUAUGUGGGCGGUGGCCACGUCGUACACCGAACGGGGAACAACAACGACAGAGGUGGCAUUCUGAGCUCGCUCAGCUCAAAGUCUCCGUCAGGAGUUAUACUGGACAAAGCAGAGAUAAGGGAAGAUUCGUUCUGGGAUGUUGUCGGGGACACCCCCGCAAAAAUCAACAACUACCGGGACAAGACGAGAGUCGCACUUUCAGGCCCUGAGAUCGUGGAGAGAGCACGCAAGAACGUUGGGGAGGUUGGCUACAACGUGCUGUGGAAAAACUGCGAGCACUUCGCCACCUGGUGCCGCUACGGGGAAGAAUACAGCAAGCAGGCAAAUACAGCUGCUGCUGCGUCCGUCGGCGUUUUUUUCCCUCUCAUUAUACCAUUUGGCAUUGGUUGGAUAGUAAAAAGGAUCACUGACAAAAACAAUUACCAAAGGAGGCCGUCCUGGCAAGAAAGGUCCGAGGUUUACGAAUUAACCACCAUGGCGUAGAACAUCACCUCUUGCACCCGGUUAAGACCAGACUUAUAUUUAGCGGUUUCAACCGGUUUUAAAAAAAAUGAGCCCCUUCUUUA